AUGCCCAUCAACUGGCCUUUAUUAGGUAUGACCCCUAGCCUUUUGUGGAACUUCAACCAUGUUCAUGAUUACAUGACCGAUGUUUUGAGAAAUAACGGUGGUACAAUCAUGUACAAAGGCCCUUGGUUUAGCAACAUGGACAUGAUCUUCACCAGUGAUCCAGCCAACUUUCAUUAUAUAUCGUCCACCAACUUUCAUAAUUACCCUAAAGGUCCAGAUUUUAGAGAGAUGUUCGAUAUCCUUGGAGAUGGUAUUUUCAAUUGUGAUUCCAAGUUAUGGGAAUUACAACAUAAAACAACCAUGUCGCUCUUCAAUGAUGCGGGAUUCUUGAUGCUGUUGGAGAAAACGAUUUGGAAGAACGUGGAGGAAGAACUUAUACCAGUUCUUGAAUUCAUGUCAGAACAAGGAUCCACGUGGGAUUUGCAAGACAUCUUCCAGAGGCUCACUUUUGAUGGUAUUUGCAAUCUACUUAUGGAUUAUGAUCCCAAGACCUUGUCUGUUGAUCUUCCUUACAAUGAACUCGAAAGAGCCAUCACCAAGACAGAAGAGGCAAUCUUCAGUCGACAUCUUCUCCCAAAAUACUAUUGGAAGUUGCAAAAGCGACUUCAAAUAGGCAAUGAGAAACAUAUGACUGAAGCUUCCAAGCUAAGUGAUGAAUUAUUUUACAAGUUUAUAAAUGAAAAACGACACAAAAGAAGAACUAAGAUCUGUGACGUAAAGAGUGAGCAAGUACAAGAUUAUACGUUACUAACAGGAUUUAUGAGGGAAUACGACGACAAGAUUGGUAGCUUUGAUAACAACCAUGACAAAAUUAUCAAAGACACCUUGCUCAAUCUUCUGAUUGCCGGGAGAGAUACCACAAGCACAGUUCUCACCUGGUUUUUUUAUCUCCUCGCAAAAAAUCCAACAGCAGAAGCUAAGAUCUACAGAGAACUUCAUGCACAAUUAGGGUUGAAAGAGGGUCAGAAAUGGAGAAGUUUUGGUGCAAAAGAGUUGGGAAAGUUGGCGUAUUUACAUGCAUCAUUAUGUGAAGCGCUAAGGUUAUUCCCUCCUGUUCCUGUCAACCACAAAGUUUCACAGGAAGCAGACACACUGCCAAGCAAUCACCAUGUCCGUAAAAACAGCAUAAUAAUUCUACAUUCAUAUGCAAUGGGACGAAUGGAGACAAUAUGGGGACAAGAUGUUUUGGAUUUCAAGCCAGAGAGAUGGCUCUCCGAGCAAGGAGGGAUUAAACAGGUACCAUCGUACAAGUUUACAGCAUUCCAUGCAGGACCAAGAACUUGCCUAGGUAAGAAAAUGUCAUUAAUUCAUAUGAAAACUGUGGCUGCUACAAUUAUAUAUAAUUACCAUGUCAAAGUGGUGGAAGGACAAUCAUUUACCCAAAAUGCGUCGGUAGUUCUCCAAAUGAAGUACGGGUUGAUGGUCAAAGUAACUAAAAGAAAUGAAGUGAAACCCCAAUUAGCUACAUGCUAA